AUGUCUGAAAAUUCACAAAAAACUGACCGAACCGAUGCCGACAUACUGAAGGAUGAAGUGCUAUGGGAGGGUCUCGUACCAAUUCCACAGGCUGACAUUGAGCGACCUAUGGUUCCAAUUGCGUAUUCCCCAGAAUAUCGGAUGGCAAUGGAUCUCUUUAGGGCAAUACUGAAAGCCAACGAGUUAUCAGAGCGUGCACUUGAGCUCACUCGAAUAAUCCUCAAAUUCAAUCCUUCUCACUAUCCUGUCUGGUGGGUCGAAGAUGCUUGCCGUACCCCGCCUUGCCACAUCAAAUCCGAAUUGAAAAUGCUCGAAGAAAAGAUCAAAACUAUGCUCAAAAGCUACCAAGUUUGGCAACACCGCCGAAAUUUGAUUCAAGCCUUGCAGGACCCAAGUGGAGAGAUGGCAUUUGUCAAACAAGCUUUGGAUAUUGAUGCCAAAAAUUACAAUACAUGGGCAUAUCGUCAAUGGGUCUUGUGCGAGUUUAAUUUACCCGAGUUAUGGGCAGGUGAAUUGAGCUUCAUUGAAGGACUCCUCACAAGUGACAUUCGCAAUAACUCGGCCUGGAACCAUCGAUUCUUCAUCCAAUUUGAAACCACUAAAUUGCAUAAUCCGAAUGCGGACAUCAAAACCCUGGCCGCGACAGAGGUGGAGUGGACAAAGAGCCAGAUCUACAAGGCCCCCAAUAACCUAAGCGCGUGGAAUUACUUAAGAGGGUGA